AUGGCUGGCAAAAAGGCCCUCAAAGACGCCGCAAAGUCCAACCCCACGGCCCUGGGCGACCCGAUCUCUCUGAAAGCCGAGCAAUCAGACACGUCGCCCAUACCCACGGAGGAGGAGAAGCGAGAUGCCCAGAACCCGGCACCCCAGCAGCAGCAGCAGCAGCAGCAGCAUCAACAGAGGGGCGAGAAGAGGAGCCUCAAGCAGCGCGCGGAGCAGGACCUGGACGAGGCCCGCAAAGGGAACCGUUCGAUGCUGGGCGAUCCCGUGAGUCUCAAGGCCGAGACGUCGGCAGGGGAUCCGGUUCCGGAUGCGGACGAGAACGAGAAGGGGAAAGGAAAAGGGAGGGAUUCGAAGUUGUGA